AUGGCGUCCCUCGGCGCGAUGCGGCUGCUGGGUAAACUCGGCGGGAUGUUCGCGCGGACGGUCCCGAACGCGCUCAGGGAGACGAGUCGCCGGGCGAUCGUUCGCGUCCCGUGCGUCGGCGCGCCGUCGUCCACGCGCUGGGGCGUCGAGCCGUCGUCCGCGGUCACGGGAAAGCAAAUUCGCGCCGCGUCGUCGUCGUCGGCGUCCAGGAAGAAGGACAAAGGCAAGGCGGCGAAGAAAAAGAAGAAGGGCGGGCCGACGGGGUACGUCGCGAAGAGCACGCGGUCGAGGUUCGGCCCGGACGCGGGGCGCCUGCCGCCGAAGGAGACGGAGCCCGGGUCGAAGCCGCUGCGCGAAGACCUGGACAUGAGCGAGCUGCGAAUCGACUCGCUCCUGAACGAGCUCGUGGACGGCGGCGAGGGGAUGAGCAACCGCGCGAAGUUCCGCGCGCUGCCGAUCGAUGACCAGAUCAUGGGUCGGAUCAAGAGGGAAGAGCUGUGCACGACGCCGUCGCAGGCGGGGCGCGUAGCGCGCAAGCUGCGCAACAGGAACGAGGACACGAAGAUCACGCGGCGGUAUCCGUUCUACCAGGACAUAUCCCCGGAGGACCGGCGCCUCCUCGGUCUGAACGGCGGCAAGCCCGCGUGUACCUUCACGCACGCGGCGACGAACGAGGAUUCGCUCCCGCCGCCGGACGACGUCCCAGAGGUCGCCUUCGCGGGAAGAUCGAACGUCGGGAAGAGCUCGCUCAUCAACGCGAUCACGUUGAGCGCCGCGGCGCGCUCGUCGGACGUCCCCGGGAAGACGCAGUCGCUGAAUUUCUACGACGUGAGCCGCCGAUUGCGCAUCGUGGACAUGCCGGGGUACGGCUUCGCGUUCGCGGCGCCCGACCGCGUGGACGCGUGGAACCGCCUCAUCGACAAGUACCUCACCGGACGCGCGAACUUAAAGCGCGUGUACGUCGUCAUCGACGCGAGGCACGGGUUGAAAGCCCCCGACCGAGAGAUGCUCGCGUUUCUGAGCAAAUACGGCGGCGUGUCGUACCAAGUCGUCCUGAACAAGACGGACCUGGUGAAACCCGGCGACCUCGCGCGGAGGGCGUUCCUCAUCCGAGAGGAGCUCAGGCUGUCGAAGCGCGCACGAGGUAUCGUGGACAUGGCGAGCACGAGCACGGGCGCGGGCGUCAGAGACUUCGCGCGCGGGUUGCUCUCGCUCGCGAUCCCGGAGAAGGCGGAGGACGACGGCGGACGCACAGCUGGCGGCGGAGGAGGGGGAGAGGCGGACGACGAGACGGACGACGAGCGCGAGUCGUACGGCGGCGAGUGGAAGCCCAACUCGGGCGACGCCUCGGUCGCUGGUGGUGGUAAGAAAGCGCGCCCACGCGGGUGGGGCUCGUACGCCGCGGACGACGACGACGACGACGAGCGUCCGCGCGCCGGGGGGUUGGGAGGCGAGUGGAAACCGGGGCGGGGCGCGACGCCGAGGCCGGGCGGCGGACGCGGCGGACGCGGGGGGAGAGGCGGCGGGCGCGGGCGAGGGGGCAGAGGUGGCGGGAGAGGGCGCGCGCGUUGA